AUGAAAGACAUUCAUGGAACAGAUUUGAACGAGAAUUUAUGUUGCUCGUUGUGCAAGUCGUAUUUGAUUGAUGCAGUAACGCUUACCGAAUGUCUUCACUCAUAUUGUCGAGCUUGUUUACUGGGUAAUAUUGAGAAGGCUGAAGUAUAUCAUUGUACAAAGUGUGCGGCAUCAUUCGGUAAAGAUCUUUCCGAAGCAUUCGUGCGUGAUGAUACACUUCAGAAAUUAGUUUAUAAAAUGGUGCCAGAAGUUUAUUGGCAAGAGUUACUUCAACGUGAUGAAUUUCUCAAAAAAAGAAUCGUUUCACCUGAUGAGAAAGCAACAAUUCUUGAUAAAAAGCUCAUGCAACUCGCCUCAGAACUGUGUGCUUCGAAUGAGAUGGUCUCAUUAUGUUUAGAAUACAUAUCACCGGGUAUAUCAGAUAAUGAUACAGGGGAAGAUAGUAAUGAUAAAGAAGCAGUAAGUGCAUCAAGACUGCUCGAUGAUAACAAACCGUCAACAGUUGCCGAAGCUGAUCGUUUAGAAAAACAGGAAGCAAUGUUGACUACAUUCAGGAGAUAUUUUCGUUGUCAAGCAUCGACAAGAAUUGGUACAUUAAGAAAAUUACUGGAAGCGAAGUUAGAGGUUUCCGAUACUUAUCGAUUAUUUUUUGUCGACAGUGAUUGCAAUGUGACGUUGGAUGAUCAGUGCACACUACAGGAUGUUGCUUAUAUGUUUUCAUGGCGACGUCUGGGACCAAUGAAAAUUCUUUUUACCCUACAGCGACAUCUCGAAGAAGAGAAGCCACCGGUGUUAGAUAUGGAAUUUAUGCCGGAACUUGUUGCUGAAGAGCCUCUUUCACAAGGAAGUGCUGCGGUCACAGCUGCAAUUGAAACUCCUGUACAGUUACCAGCAUUAACUGUGUCACUAAAUACUUCAAUGAUGGAAGGUGGACCAAAUCACCAACCUAUCAUUACUACUGAAGUUCAUCCACCACCCAGGAAGAAAAGGAAGUCUACUGCACCAACAAAAAAACAAGUUGCAUCUCCAGUACCUGUGCAGCGUAUGACUGGUGUUUCACCGCUUGCAAAAGGACCUCCACCGUUAGUACGACUUGAAAAUGCAAGUUUGAACAAGAAAUCUAGCAGCAAUGGACGCGUAAAAACUUCUGAAAAAACUUCAUCAAAAACAACACUUCAUGAGGAUGCACCGGCUACAAAGCAAGCAAAGCUAAUGCCAACAUCUUUUGAUAACAAAUUGCAGCAAAUCAUCGAUUCUUCUCCAAGUCGUUCAGCAAAGAUUUCUAAGGGAAGCAGGAAUAAAACAUUAUCAAAAACAGCAUCUAGUAUCACCGAACCGUCAUCUAAAGUUGUGUCCAAUAAUAAAUCCACAGAAUCAAAUAAUAAAAGUGGAAAUACAAACAGCAGUUUGCAAGCAGCGAAACUAAUAUCCACUGAUGGUAUCAAGACUGAAUCGGGCUCAUCUAAUGUGAAAAGUGAGAAUGUUACAGCGAAGGAGAAAACUUUUAGUAAAUUACAUACAAUUUCGAAAAUCACAGAGAACACCACGGUGAUUACAACUAUUUCUACUCCAGCAAGUACGACGGCAACAAUAACAACAAUUAGUCAUCCGAGACCAAUACAGCCACGUCCGAUAGAGAUGAAAACUAAUUACGAGGCUUUAGUAAAAAGUUAUGGUUUAAACGGAAUGGGAAAUAAGCUUUCCUCUUUUCCUUUAGACGGAAAGCAUGUUGGAUUCACUCCGCCAAUGCAUAUCCAACCACCACUAUUUAUGGAUCCAAAAAUUGCUGCACAACCAAUUAAGCAUAUUCUUUCUGGACGCGGUAUGCCGCCCAUUAUACCUGAAACCACUCCUUAUCUAAGGAAUCCAGCGCUAGCAAAUUUCAUGCAUCACCUACAUAUGCAACCACCACCAAUUCCUGGACUUCCUGGUAGCAGCACUCCACCACUUCUUUCUCAUAGCAAUAGUUCAACAUCGCCAUGCUGUUCAUCUAAUCAACUUACUUCAUCAACCCAUAAUCUUCCAAUCAGUAAUAUCUCAUCAAAAAAUUCUCAGCAACAACUUAAACACCCCGCAGCACUGCCACUUCCUCCAGCAGCUACUAGUUCAAGCGGUAAUAGUAGUAGUAGUAGCAGUAGUAGCAGUAGUAGCAGCAGUAGCAAUAAAUUGUUAAACGGCAGUGGUAAUAGCAGUAGAGCAUCCUCACCAGCUGCUGCUAAAUUGCAACAAAAAAUUGUUUCUCCAAUUCCAAUUCCAACUGCUCACAUAACACCCUUUAUGAGUCAUAGUUAA